UUCACCAGUCAAUUGUCAAUGUCACGUCUGACAUGAAAUCUGCAUGAAAUAAAAUAAUAACAUUAUAACCUAUAAGUCCUUAAGUCGUAUCUAAACUAAAUAAGAGAAAUUACAAUAAUAAUACAUUUUACCCGCUAAACUUGAGGCUAUGGCGAGUCGAGCUCCAUUCCAGAGCACAACGGGUUUUUGCGCCAGGUGCGGCUCCAUUCUUCCUCUAUUGCAGGAAUUUGGUUCUGUAAAAUGCUAUGCUUGUAAAUCCGUGUAUGGGGCUGAGAACUUCAACAAUAUAAAAUUUAAAUACACAAUUCACUUUAACACAGUAUCAGUGUUGCCCAAUGAAAAUUUUUUGAAUAUGGACAACCCUGAGGGCCCAGUGGUUGAGAGAAAAUGUCCCAAGUGCGGCAAUGACAGAAUGUCUUAUGCUACCCUACAGUUGAGGUCUGCAGAUGAAGGGCAGACUGUGUUUUACACCUGUACAAGUUGCAAAUACAAGGAAACAGAAAAUUCUUGAUUCGAGGCUUCAGAUUGUAAUGGGUUACUAUAUACUUAUAAGACAUAUUUCAAAAUAAUUAUAAGAUAUUUUAUAUGA